CAACGCAAGAACACCUCUUCAAAUAUCUGCAGCUUCCUUUUUAUGGGUGUCGACAAAUCGAGGAAUGCGACGCGACUACAAUGAGUAGAAUGGCCCGAAACCGAGGCUAUGGGGGCUUCAGCGAAGACCCAUAUGCCAAUGGGAAUGGAAAUGGCAAUGGAUAUGGCGGGCCCAUUGCAGAGAGCGAUGACUACGAUCCCUACGGUUCAAAUUAUGUCGACAGAUACGGCACACCUCCUAUAACUACUCCGUCUCCUCCGGCGACGAGAUCAGCCUUCGCUCGGCCACCUCCAAGACUUGCGCCAGAGAGCAAUGCAGAGAAGCAGAUAGGUGAAGUGUUGGAGCAUAUAAAAACAGAAUGGCCUGCGAUGUGCGAGAACGAAUGCUUGCCCGUCCAUGUAGCCCUUCAGCUGCUGGAUACUAGUUCCGUUGGACGAGCGCAUGAAUACCGACAAUUCGAGAAGACACACAGAUACCUUCAAGAUUCGCUCAAAGCUAUUGUUCACGAGCACCACCAAGGUUUCAACAGCUCUAUUGGUACCUUUCAUAAGAUUCAAUCGAGUAUACAAGCCUCUCAGAAACGGGUACGCACAUUAAAAGAAUCUUUGGCACAAUCAAAAACAAGCUUGGCAACUACGGACCCAGAACUGAAAAAGUUGGCGACUGCUUCCCAAAAUUACGAUGAUUUAAUACACACACUGUCUGAGAUUGAGGAUUUGCGGCUGGUACCGGAUCAACUAGAGGCACGAAUAUCAGAGAAGAGGUUUCUUACAGCUGUGGACAUAUUACAAACGGCUUUGAGGCGGAUCAGAGUUCCAGCCAUGGACCAAAUUGGAGCACUGGGCGAUCUCAGAAGUUAUCUUACGAACCAAGAGACGGCUUUGACAGAUAUUUUAAUUGAAGAACUGCACGACCAUCUCUAUCUCAAGUCUCCAUAUUGUCAAGAGAGAUGGCAAACGCUUGCUAAGAGUCAAGGUGCCUUGGGCAAAGAAAAGCUUGACAAGGCAGUCGCCUUCCGACCUUUCUGGGAGAUGCUGGAGGCCAUGGAUCUCUCAGAACCAAUGAUCGAAGACCCGUCGAGGAAUCCGGAGGCAGAUACUUUCUACUAUAUCGAGUUGCUUGUCGAGUCACUGAAUAAAUUGGGACGUCUUGAAUCCGCUGUCGAUACCAUUAAGCAAAGACUUCCCGUCGAACUUUUCAGCAUCGUCACAGAAACAAACAGCGAGGUCGACCAGAAACAUCCCAGCUCCUUACGGGGUGGCAUUGCAAACGCUCAAGGCAACCAGUCAUUUGGUAAUCGUGAGAACAGCAUUCGAUCAGACGUUAUCUAUGAUCUACUCUGGACUUUGUAUGCCAAGUUCGAGGCGAUUGCUGAGAGCCAUCGAGUCUUUCACGAGGUUGUAAAAUCUUCCGUGCGAGGAGAAGGUGUGAAAGAUUCUUCAGCUCUUCUAGGGAGUUUCAAAGAACUUUGGAAUCUAUAUCAGAAUGAGAUCAGAUCUCUGUUGCAUAAUUACGUUACAACGGACGCAGAUGUCUAUGAAUUCAAUUCCUCCCCAAGACCUGGAGUUACCAAGCAAGAUCUGAAACGCGAACAUCUAUUCCAAUUCUCGGAUGCAGAUUCGAAAUCUGUUCAGAUGAGCACAGAAUAUCAAGAACUAGAGGGUAUCAUUAGAGCCGCAGUACCAGGUCUCAUGUCAGGUCGAAAGCAAGGUGCGGAUGGCAAGAAAGUCCCCCAAAGGAUUGAGAGUACUAUCGACCGCAAUGGUUCGCGCCGAGGUGUGAGUGCUGUCUUCGAUAAUAAGUCAGGCGGCAUCGGCGCUCAUAAAUCUUUGGUGGAGCCGAGCGUAUUUAACAUGAGUCUCUUGUUGCCUCCAACGCUAGGGUUCUUGCAUCGACUGAGGAAUAUUGUGCCUCCAGGAUCAGAUAUGGUCAAAAGCACUUUAACUUCGUUCCUUGACAAUUUCCUGGUCAAUGUUUUUCAGCCACAGCUUGAGGAGACUCUGGGUAAACUUUGCGAUUCGGUUUUUGAAGAGACCGAUGCAUUCCAGCAAGAUUCCCAAUGGACCAAGGUUGCUCGUCGACCUAUUUUUAAGGGAACCGCUGCAUUCUAUACUCUAAUUACAGCGUUCUGCAGAAUGCUAGACACAAUUCCUCCUGACCAAAACCUCAGCAUGCUCAUCGUCAAUCAAAUGAUGAGAUACUACGAUCGUUGUUAUGACUGGUUUAAGUCAUUGGUAUCUCGGGUGCGAGACGCGGAGGGUGUCAUUUUGAAGCUCUCUGCAAGACUAGCAGAAGGUCCAGGUGACAUCCACGAAACGAUGCAGAAAUUGUGGACGUCCGAGACAGCAGAUGCGGAGCUGUUGGAGAAGGAGACAGGUUUGCUUAUAUUGCAGACGAAUGAGAAUCCUUUACUCCGGGACGACAUCAUAUCGGAUCGCGAAACAAUCUCUUCGCUUUGCGUCCUUUACACUAGCAUGAGGUGGCUGGCUAUCAAAAUUAUAGAGCUUCGUCACAUUACUCGUCAUGAUACCACCGUUUCUCGCACAUCGUUACCACAAAAUAGACGGUGGACACUAUUGAACGAUGCUUCGAGAAACCAAGACGAGCAGAUUCCUGUCUACUUGCCAAUGACCCAGGAAAGUGUUGGACUCUUUGAUUCAAUGGUGGCUUCAUACCAAGAACUUGCUGGGAAGGUUCUCUUGACUUUACAUAUGGAAGCACGUUGCCAGAUCGUCCAAUCUCUUGCCACGGCACUUUUGCCUGAUACUACUCCAUAUCUUCUGGAACAAGUGGUAAACGAUCCAGAUCCCAAAAUAUUGAGUCUCAAUGCCGACCUUGUCUCGUACGAUGAGACUAUUGUUCGUUUCCUCCGCGAGAAAGAGAUCUCGUUCAUUCGGACUGGCUUGGGCUUGUUAGUAGACAGUUUCUUGGUCACUAAUUCUGGCAUGGUCAAGGCUAUGAACGCAAAUGGUUGUGGAAGAAUGCAACUCAACAUUCUUGUCCUGCAACAGAACUUGAAGAAUAUAGAAGCAGACGUAAGCCUGGAACGUGCAGCGAAAUUCUUCGAUCUCUUUACUGAAGGACCUGAUGCCGUUGUGAAGCAAGCGAAGGACGAGAAAGAGAGUGGUAAUGGUGGGAAGGAGCUCUUCUCCUACGAAGAGCUGAAAACGUUGGUGGAAUUGUGCUAUAGCGAACAGCUCUCGAAUCCAGAGCGAGGUAUCAGCACGGUGGCAAAGCGAGGCAUGGGAGAGCAUCUUCUACAGUUGAGCGAGUAUAUGUGGCAAAGUUAAGCAAUUGCUAUCUGACUGCAUUUAGCAUGGAAUUCCAGGAUGGGAUUGAGCGCUCGUUCUGUAUAUAGGGGCCAAUGAGUGCGAGCUUGAGGCCUGUCGAGGAUCUAUCGAUCCAGUGAAGCAGUGGGAUACCUACCCUUGAAGAUGAUCAUCUAUUGCUCUGAAAUGUCAUAUUCUGAGAAAUCGAUAAGAAGGCGAGAUCAGCAGUCUCGGUGGCGAAUGCCCUCAACUUUUCACCAAAUGCGGGGUUGAAGAUACUAUUGUGGCUGCGCAUUUCAGAUCGGCAGCAGCCGUGAAUGAAAAGUCUCUAGAUGAAUAUCUAAUUAUAUCUGAUAGACGACUACACGUGGGGAAGUACUCGUAGAGAUGUAACUUUAUGCUAGGGGCAAAUACUCUAAUCUCUUACCAAGUAUCUUCAAUC